UGACACCGGCAGCGCUUGAUGACGUCACAUCUUUGUCCGGUAGCCGUUUAUUACGUAGAACACAGAGGUGAAACUGUAUGAUAGAUUCAUGGACAAAAGGUUGGAUUUAUAAAUAGAACAGAGAAAUAUAGCUUUAACCAUGCCGAAACACAAGAUUGAAUCCAAAGUUGGAUCGCUAGACAAUGCAAAGCACGUUGCAGGUGGAGGUCAAACGAAGAUUCCAACUCAGAAAGUUGAGUGGCAUGCAGAUUCGAAGAUUGGAUCUAAAGACAAUGCCGACCAUCAUCCUGGUGGAGGGACAACAAAGAUUCAAACUCAGAAAGUUGAGUGGCAUGCAGAGUCAAAGAUUGGGUCUAAAGACAAUGCUGACCACAAGGCUGGCGGAGGCACAUCAAAGAUUCCAACACAGCAUUUGGAUUGGCAUGCAGAAUCAAAGAUUGGAUCGACAGAUAACAUAACGCAUGUCGCUGGAGGUGGAACUUCCAAGAUUCCAACUCAGAAAGUUGAGUGGCAUGCAGAGUCAAAGAUUGGGUCUAAAGACAACGCUGACCACAAGGCUGGUGGAGGCACAACAAAGAUUCAAACUCAGAAAGUUGAGUGGCAUGCAGAGUCAAAGAUUGGGUCUAAAGACAAUGCCGACCAUCAGGCUGGUGGAGGGACAACAAAGAUUCAAACUCAGAAAGUUGAGUGGCAUGCAGAGUCAAAGAUUGGAUCUAAGGACAAUGCCGACCACAAGGCUGGCGGAGGGACAACAAAGAUUCCCACUCAGAAGUUGGACUGGCAGGCCGAGUCUAAGAUUGGAUCUACAGAUAACAUAACUCACGUGGCUGGCGGAGGGAAAACGAAGAUUGAAUCUCACAAGCUUGAUGAUUGGUAAUUGUUGAUUUACUGAAAACGAUGGAAGAACAAAGGCAAAAAUUCCAAUUUGUGAUGAUCGAACGAUAUCUCAAAUGUGAAAAUGUAGGUCCAUUUCAGUCAGAAGAAGACAAGUUUGAAACAUUUUUAUUUUGUUCCUCAAUUUUAGAAAGUUGUGUGUAAAUAAGAACAAUUCUUGAUCAUGCUAUAAAUGGGAACCAUUUUUCAUAAUUUAACUGGGAACUAAAAAAUUAAAUUCUAGUACCCAUUACCUAAAAUCAUGUUAUUAAAAUGUUUUAUAAAUAUUGAGUGUUUUGACAUACGCCUCUGUGAGUAUGCUGUUACAUGCACGUAUAAUAUGCAAAUGAAAGUGAUGCAUUUUAAUUAUAUGUACAGAUUUAGAAUUGUUUUGUUUUUUGUUUUGUUUUUGUUGGGGUUUUUUUCUUGUAUUUGAAAUUUACAAACAUUUUUCUUGAAUUAAUUUUGGAUUAAUAAAGCAUCAUAAAUGUAACUAUAUAUUGAUGAACAUUAAUUUAUAAUAUUUACUUUGUUUGCAGUGCAAUAAGUCAUAUAUUUACUUUGUUUGUGGUGCGAUAAGACAUAUAUUUACUUUGUUUGUGGUGCAAUAAGUCAUAUAUUUACUUUGUGGUGCAAUAAGUCAUAUAUUUACUUUGUGGUGCAAUAAGUCAUAUAUUUACUUUGUGGUGCAAUAAGUCAUAUAUUUACUUUGUGGUGCAAUAAGUCAUACAUUUACUUUGUGGUGCAAUAAGUCAUACAUUUACUUUGUUUGUGGUGCAAUAAGUCAUAUAUUUACUUUGUUUGCAGUGCAAUAAGUCAUAUAUUUACUUUGUUUGUGGUGCAAUAAGUCAUAUAUUUACUUUGUGGUGCAAUAAGUCAUAUAUUUACUUUGUGGUGCAAUAAGUCAUAUAUUUACUUUGUUUGUGGUGCAAUAAGUCAUAUAUUUACUUUGUGGUGCAAUAAGUAAUAUAUUUACUUUGUUUGCAGUGCAAUAAGUCAUUUCUUGACUUGACUCACUUAACUGUGGUAGUAAAAUGUUUUCUUAUCUGGAACAUUGUUUUGUUGAUCUGUUUUUAUAAGUCACAGAACUUUGUACCUUAGUAUUUUACACGUAUUUACAGACUUGAAUAUUGUUCUAAUGAUAACUAUUGUACUGUAUAUUUGUUAUUAGUGUGGCAGGGCCGUACCCUGAUAAAACCCAGAGGGGAGGAGGGGGCACUACUUUUUAUAAACAAAUGAAACACUAUACAAAUUAAACCCUGAGAUGUGUAUGCUAUUUUAUGGAGUAAAAACAAAAAGUGAGAUUCCAAGGGGCCAACUGCCCUUCCCCCACCCCUGCCCCCCGGAGAGUACGGCCCUGUGGGGUUGAGAACUAUUUCAAUUCUUAUUAUAUCCUGUAGUCCAGAUUGAUGCAUGCAUUAUGACCAAGAACAACUGGUCAAAGGCCGUGGUACGUGCUUUCCUGUCUGUGGGAAAAUGUCUAUAAAAGAUCCCUUGCUGCGUUAGGAAAAAAAAUGUAGCAGGUUUCCUCUGAUGACUACGUGUCACAAUUACCAAAUGUUUGACAUCCAAUAGCCGAUGAUUAAUUAAUUAAUGUGUUUUAGUCGUGUUGAUAAGCAAACCAAUUUUUUAUGACCAAGAACACAACAUAUUUGUUUGUUCUUAUUUUACAUAGAAGAUAUUUUCUACGAUAUAGUAAAUAUCGAUUUUUUGAACAA